UGCCUCCUGGUCCCCAUGCCAGCAGGCGUGGCAGGUUUCCGUCUGGAGCUGAGGGCAGGGGCUGGCAGUCUGGCCGCUGCUUCUGUGCUCGGCGCCCAGCCAUCUACCCACACUUCCUGUCUGCAGGGUCCUGGGUUCCUUCUGAGCCAGGGCUUCCGCGUUUGCCGGGACUCCGCCCCAGAUGGGCCUUCAGGGCCCUGGCUCCUUGGCUCUCCUCUUGGUGCCCCAGGCUGGGUGGACCUCGGCGGCUCCUUCCGGCUCAGCCAGUCCUCCCCGCCACGCCCACCCCUUGGGCUUCCCCGCGGACCACGUGCUGGUCUGGUUGGGUGUGUGGCCACAAACCAAGGACGGGUCUCCAGGCACAGACUGCCGCUCGAGAGAGUGUGUGUGUGUGGGCAGCUUCUGACGAGCUCAUCGACGCAGGAUGGGAAACCACGCGGGAAAGCGGGAGUUGAGCGCGGAGAAGGGCGACAAGGGGAGGCAGAUGUGGAGCAGAACAAUGGGACCCCCUCUCAGGACACAGCGGUGACAGACUCCAAGCGCACAGCGGACCCAAAGAAUGCCUGGCAGGACGCCAACCCAGCUGACCCCGGGGGCCGCCCCCACUUGAUCCGCCUCUUUUCCCGAGAUGCUCCGGGCCGAGAGGACAACACCUUCAAAGACAGGCCCUCGGAGUCAGACGAGCUCCAGACCAUCCAAGAGGACAGUGCAGCUACUCCCGAGGGCCUGGAUGUGAUGGCGUCACAGAAAAGACCCUCCCAGAGGCACGGAUCCAAGUACCUGGCGUCAGCGAGUGCCAUGGACCACGCCAGGCACGCCUUCCUCCCGAGGCACAGGGACACGGGCAUCCUCGACUCCCUCGGGCGCUUCUUUGGCGGUGACAGGGGUGUGCCCAAGCGGGGCUCAGGCAAGGAUGGACAUCACGCAGCGAGAACUGCCCACUACGGCUCCCUGCCUCAGAAGCCGCAGCACGGCCGGCCCCAAGAUGAGAACCCCGUAGUGCACUUCUUCAAGAACAUUGUGACACCACGCACACCUCCUCCGUCGCAAGGAAAGGGGCGAGGACUGUCUCUCAGCAGAUUUAGCUGGGGAGGUGAGGGUCAGAAGCCAGGAUUUGGCUACGGACGCCGAGCCCCAGCUCACAAGGGGCUCAAGGGGGCCCAUGACGCCCAGGGCACGCUCUCCAAAAUCUUCAAGCUGGGAGGAAGAGACAGUCGCUCCGGAUCCCCCAUGGCGAGACGCUGAAGCCCUCCCCUGGGGUCCCCGAAUCCUGUCCUCAGCUUCUUAAUACAACUGCCUUACGAAUUUAAUACCGUCCACAUCCGUUCCCCACGUGUAGCCGACACCCCCUGCCUAACGCCCGUUGAGCUGCGCACACGGUGGGCCAGGCGCGCCGCGCCCUGCGGUUCUGGCCAUCGGCCGAGCAGAGAGGAGACAGACAGACGGUCAGCGGGGACUUUGUGUCCGAAGAGAGCGCGUGCCCGGAGCCCCCUCCGCCCGGCGUGGCCCAGAGGCCGGCGGCCCAGGGGCAGGGACGCGCCCCCGAGCUCACCCUCCUCCCUCGGACCGGCUUUGCUGACUCCGCUUCCCCAGGCUUCCUAGGUGCUGCCGUGCGACACCGCUGUGGACACAGGGACGCGUGCGGGGCGGUGAGGACUGCUGAUCCGAGCUUCCUUUGUUUCCUUUGGUUUCUCUCCCCGCCCCGGCUCACCUCCUAACACACACUCACUUUCCCUCCAGGAUGAGCAGUCGGACGGCACAGGGGGCUUUCAGUACGUGCAGCGCGGGCGGGCAGCUGGGAGAGUCCCAUGGGGUGGGCGCGGAGGGCGCCUGCAGGCGGCGGCUGCCCACCACCCCCGGUUGGCGGGUCUCAGGCACGGUUGCGAGGGGACAAGGAGGCGGAGCUGGGCUGGGCCUCGGCCCCAACGGGAAACAGGAUCUUCUUGGAAAUUAGGUGAUGGCACGGCAGGAGCCAGAGCGGCUUCUACGAACAGCCUGUUUCCCCCCCCAGAGCCCAGCAGGAGGGUCCAGGGAGACGCUCGUCUCAGAGUGGGACUGGAGAAGUUUUCUGGGUGGCCUGGCGGCGUCACCCUGGUCACGUGGGAGGUGACCGGCGGUGCUCCUCACGGCAGUGUGCAUGGCAGAUACUAACCUCGUGGACAGAUGACCUCCGUCAGCCGGCAUCCCGACUCGGACGCGCAUGGCCACGGGCUUCGGAGGGCCCGCGUCCCGAGUGGCGGGGCCGGACGUCGUGGGGGCCGGGCCUGGCUGGCCCUGCGAGCGGAGACGGGGCUCCUCUAAAUCGUGUCUUGUCUAACUCGAGCUCACCUUUUCUGUGCCCCCUCGUAACACACUGACCCACCGUUUGAUUUUAGCUGCGUCUUAGAGGCCUUCCAAGGAGCCACACCGGCGUCAUCCACCCUUAGAACGAAGAUGAGGAGUAGUCAACGCACCAACGUAACCCUGUCCUAAUUCCGAUGCCCGGUGUGGGUGUAAUGUAAUGUCUAUUAACCCAUAGCCUCCAUGAUGAGAGGGUUACGGGGGAACAAGGAACAAAGUUUCAGAAACAAAACCUCCACAUUUCCUGACACACACGCACACACACGCACACACACACACGCUCUACGUCUUCGAGCCGGCAGUCGGCCGAGGGAUCUUCGUGCGCGGCCGCCCCAGACAGCAAGCACGGGGAUGGUGGGGGCCUCGUGGAAACUACACGCCGUCAGUCGAUAUCGAAUAAAAUAAUAAACUUUUAAUGAUA